UCUCCGGGCGCAGUCGACAAAGGAACUAGUCAGACGAAAAGCCCAACUCCUACAGGGAAGACCGAAACAAAAUAUCACCUCUCAUCAUGACAACCAAAAUAUUAAUACCUGAAUCACGUUAUUAUUGAUUUUCAACUAAGUCUUAUCACAAGAAUUGAUGACUGUAAAAUUCACGGACAGGCUGGCACUCUCAGUUACAUCCUUAGACAGUGAAUGUGAAAGUGCGUCUGGAUGAACUCGAUUCUACCCAUUUAGAGUCAAUCAUUUGUAUCAAAGUUGUUUUUGUGGCGAACAAUAUUUGUUGUGUUCAAUUGUGAUAAAUGUGGUGUGAUUAGUUCGGAAAAAAACUCAACAAUCACAUGGGAUAACCGUCGACAUUAAUAUCGAAGAUAUCUACAUUAUUUCAAAUACAUCAUUACGGAGUGCAAAUCUGAAUGAAAGCUCUACCCGAGUUCUCAUCCCCGGACCUAAUGUUUGAAAUUUAUGAACAUUAGGGAAUAUUUUCGCCAACAAAAUAAAUGGUGGAUUAAUAUAAAUAGUGAAGUGAACCAUCUGUCCUGAAAGAAAACAUGAGGUAUCAAAAAGUUAAAAAUCAGCAGACACACCUACAUCGAUAUAAUUUUCUGAUGGUGCUAUGGUGCUCGAUAUUUAUGAUUGCCGAUGGAAUCAACUUAUCCGAUAUAACGCAAUAUACACUCCCGGCAUAUGCGAUCGCAAGUAGAGCGGGCUCCCUGAUUCGAUCGAGUCCAUGUCACCAAGAGUUAAAACUAUUCAAAGAAGCAGUCGAUGAUCGUACACUAUGGAGCUUGCGGGUGCUAGAUUCCAGUGGCCAACCAAAAUCAGGUUUUUUGUACGGAAAUAAUUACUGGCUGGGAAGUGAAGGCCAAUGUUACGAUACAUUGAACAGUGCCCCUUUCGCUUUGAGUCCAAAAAUAUUGAAGAACAAUAGUAUUUAUCGGAAAUCCGAUGAGGAAUUGGCGCCAUUCAAACUGAACUUUUUCGUUGUGUAUAUUGGGCACAAUAGCACAUUACAAUACCACGUGAAACAGCCUGAUGAAAAUUUGAUAUCAUUGGGAUUAUGUCUUCCGGCUACAUGCAGCACUGGAGAGUUGAGCAAAAUUUUGGUUGAAAUUUUCAAUGAACGAACGCUUUUAAUUGGUCAUCUCAAUAAAAUGGACUUCACCCUUCAGGAAGUGAAGAAUAUCACGUAUGAUUCGCGACCCUUUUUCAAUUUUCGUAUGAUUUUUAUGGGGGUACUGGUAAUAAUCACCAUGCUAAUCAUCAUAGUUGCAACAACUUACGAUAUUUGCAUUCAUCAAAAGUCUCUGCGAGUAACGGAUUUGUCUGAUAAAUUUGCAACUAAUGAUAAACUACCGUAUGUACAUCCUGUUCUCCACAAAGGAUUAUCUGAAACGACUUCAUCCAGGAAAGCCGAAAAAAUAUUGAUGUGUUUUUCGGCUUACACUAAUUCGAAAGAUAUAUUCACGGUAUCCAAGCGAGGGGGUUCAAUUGAAGCUCUUCAUGGAAUUAGAGUUUUAGGAAUGGGGUGGAUGAUACUGCUGCAUACGUUAUUAUUCGGAGAACCAUUUAUGGAUAACGAAACUAUGGCCUAUCGGAUGAUUCAAUCAUUACCACUACAAGUUCUCAGUAAUGGUUCAGUGUCAGUUGAUACUUUUUUCUUCAUGAGUGGAUUUUUAUUGGCGUAUACAUUUUUCGAGAGUUCAAGGAAAAAGAGCGAGAAUUCAAGCAAUAUCUCGUGGCGAAUUUUUUUCCAGCGUAUUAUAAGAAGAUACUUCAGACUCACUCCACCGUAUGUGAUAGUCAUUGGCAUUGCUGAUAUCGUAUUUUCAUGGUACGGUAAAACGUCACAGUUUUAUAUACAUGAACGACCACAUGAAACUUGUCCUGCAUAUUGGUGGAGAAAUAUAUUUUACAUAAAUAAUCUGUUCAAACGCUCGGAAAUGUGUUUGUACUGGAGCUAUUACCUUUCUAAUGAUAUGCAAUUCUUCAUCAUUGGUUCGUUUUUGCUAUUUUUAUCACAGAGGUAUCAUUACACAGCAAUGGGAAUCUUCUCGGCGUUGUUGAUUGUAACGACUAUUGUAGGAGGAAUCAUAACUUAUAUGUCUGACUAUGCACCCACGUUGGAUGAGCAACUGAGUACUCUAGAAAUUUUUUAUGAUCCUCCGUGGAUGCGUAUCGGGCCCUAUCUGGUUGGACUGGCGACCGCUUAUAUUUUGGUUAUUGUAUUGAGAAAGACAUUGAAUGUGAAAACGAUGACAUUGUGGCUUUUUUGGUUCCUCGGUCUUUCCUGUAUUGUUCUAGUACUGUUCGGGCUCUACGAAAGGAGAAUAUCUAUUGUUCCAACAUCAUUCUACAUCGCUUUAUACAGAACCGUUUGGAGUAUUGGAAUUGCCUGGAUAGUAGUGGCGUGUUGUACAAACCACGGCGGUAUUGUUAACAAAAUUUUAUCCUUAAAAAUUUGGCAGCCGUUCAGUAAAUUGUCAUACUCUGCCUACUUACUCAAUCCAAUAUUGAUUGCUGUUCUUCAUUUAAGCAGUGAAACGUCGUUCCAUGUGGAGAUUAUACCACUCGCGUACGUUGCUUGUGGUGUUUUCAUCAUAUCGUAUGUGGCUGCCUACUGUCUAUCGGUGAUGUUUGAGCUGCCAUUUUUUUUAAUUGUAAAUAUGUAUUGCGACCGGAAAAAUAAGCGAACAAUUGACCACCGAUGAAUAAUACAGCGUUCAAAAAUUUUAGCACUGAAUACUUGAAAUAUUUACACAUAGAGAAUGUAAUUGUUAGAAUUGUUGAAAUAAAUUUAGUUGAAUUUUA